UCCCAACCUCUUCAGAGUUUCUCCACUGAAAACAAUAACUUUGGUGUUUUUUUUUCUUCUUUUCCAAAAUGAAGACUCUAAUAUAUCUAGUCAUAUUGCUAUUAACCUUAACACUGAAAACAAGCAGCAGCAGAAAUAACCUAGUAGAAACCACAUGCAAGAACACACCAAACUACAACCUCUGCCUAAAAACUCUACUCUCCGACAAACGCAGCGCUAGCGGCGACAUCACGACGCUGGCGCUGAUCGUCGUGGACGCCAUCAAAGCGAAGGCGAAUCAGGCGGCCAAAAUCAUCUCGAAGCUACGUCAAUCCAAUCCUCCAGCAGCUUGGAGAGUUCCAUUAAAGAAGUGUGGUUUUUCGUAUAAGGUAAUUUUAACAGUAAGUUUGCCUGAAGCUAUUGAAGCUUUGACUAAAGGGAACCCAAAAUUUGCUGAAGAUGGUAUGGUUGGAUGUUUUGGUGAUUCUCAAGAUUGUGAGGAGAAUUUUAAGAGUAGUUUUUCUCCUCUUAGUGGUUUGAAUACUGCAGUGCAUGAGCUUUCUGUUGUUGGUAGAGCAAUUAUUAGAAAUUUAUUAUGAUUGACCAUGUGACCUAUAAGUCACGGAUUCGAACCGUAAAAGCAACCACUAAUAUUUGCAUUAAGAUAGGUUACAUCAUAUUCCUUGGAAUGCGAUCCUUCCUCGAAUUGUACGUGAAUACGAAAUAUCUAGUGUACCGGGUUGUCCCUUAUUAUGAUGCACUCCCUUUUACAAAUUCAGAAACUCUCCUUUUUUUGUUUUUUCCUUUCACUUCCUUUGUUGUUAGUGAUGCAGUUUAAGAUGAUUCUCACUUAAGGUAUGUUGUCUUUUCUUUCUGUCUUUUUUAGUAGUUUUUUUUCUUUUUUCUUUUUUCUUUUUUCUUUUUGGGAAUUGGAGCAAGUUAAAAUAGAGACUAAAAGGUUCAAAAUAAUAUUUUAAGCAUAAAUUAUCCCAAAAGAUUUGUAAAUGAGUAAGAUUUGUGACAAAAUGAAGAUCUGAAAAAGCUUUUUUCAGAUGUUCAAAAAAAUUUAACUUUACUCAAACAAGAAAAAAAAUCAUAGUUUGGUGCUAUCGGAAAUUGAGUAACUUUACCUUCCGUGGGAGCAAUCUUCCGUUUAACCUAUGGUCUAAUAUUAAAAAGUCUCGUUUUUUUGCCUUAACCCCUAACGGAGCUCAAACCCGUGGGUAAUAGUAAAUCAUACUAAUUAAACGUUGAAAGGUAUUAUGGAUCUAUUUUCUCACGUUUUGUCCACCCAUUUCAGGCUAACAACAAAGGAAUGAGUAAACCAAAGUGUAGUAGAGGACAAAAUUGAAUAACUCUGAUACUAAAAAAAGUAGUCCGGUGCACCCAGUGGUGGCGGCAAGAUCUCCGAGAAGGGAGUUCAAGAACAAAAAGAUCAUAGCUAGUGGGACUUGAACCUAUGACUUUUCAAAGAUUUUGAACCCCCUUGACCACUAAGCUACACUUUUGGGUUAUGUCAAGGGAGUUCAAAACUUAAUAUAUAGAGGUAAAAAAUAGAUUUUGCCUUAUAUAUACAGUGUAAAGUUCGGAUGAACCCCCUUCCGCCCCCCUAAAUCCGCCCCCGGGUGCACCAAGUUACCGCUAUGUGUAGGGUCCGGGUAAGGGCUAAACCAAAAGGGUCUAUUUUACGCAAUCUUACCCUGCGUAUUUUUGCAAGAGGUUUUUUCCACGGCUCGAACCCGUGACCUCCUGGUCACAUGACAACAACUUUACCAAUUACGCCAAGGCUCCCCUUCCGAAUAAUUCUGAUACUACAAAGAGAAAUUUGGAUGUUUUCCCUUCAAACAAAUAUUUUUUGCAAGAACCGGAAAACUGCAAGCUCCAAUUUUCAAUUUUCAAAACAAACGCAAUAAAUUUGAGCGCCUGCUCAUUUUCAACUGGUGAGCUGAUAUUUCUAUGGAUAUAUAUUUCCCCUGUUUCUGUUUCUUUUUGCUGCCCCCUUUCCUCCCUGUCCUUGUCUCUGUUGCAGCAUAAGCACAUGGUAUUUAAGGUGCAUGUCUAAUAUCUUUCCAUGAAAUAAAGGGUACAAAACACUAUUAGACAGUAGUCUGUUUUGUUCUUAGCUUAAACCAUAAGGCAAUCAUUAUAGAAAAUUGAAAGGGAAAAGCGUCGAACGUGGAACCAUGGUACUUCUAACCUUGCCUUGCUUCUGUGUAAAGAGAGGACAGGAACCUUUCUACAAAGAAGAGUUACUUACUAUUCCAUUAGGUACCUGCAACUUUCCGUCAGCACAGAUAUCAGGUAACUCUCCCUAGCUUAGGUAUAUUGGAAGAAAUCACUUAGUGCUUUUUUGUAUCCGUUGCGACUCGAACCCAAGACCUCGUGGUUCCCUUCUUGCUUCAUUGAUCACUAGAACACACCCUUGGGUACCAGAAGAGUUACUUAUAAUUCAAAUUCUCCAGUUAUAGUUAAGUAGUAUUAUUUUUAGACUAAGAGAAGUAUCUCCAGAAGAUACUUAAGUCAUGAAUCCUGAUGGUAUUAAAGAUUAUUAACCAUUAACUUAAUGUUUUGAAGCAUACAGAUAUGCAGCCAGGAUGGUAUGUCUUCAAAUCAAAAAAAUAUGGUCCGAAAGAAAGUAUAUCCUACUCCAUUAAAAUGCAAGUCAGUCUGAUUUUAGGCGUAUCUCAGUUCUCCGCUAUCAAUACAUAAGCAUGUCAAAAUAGUUGAUCUAGCUCUAAGCAGCAGCAGCAGCAACAACAACAAAAAAUCCAGUGUAAUCUCACAAGUGGGAUCUGGGGAGGAUAGUGUAUACGUAGAUCUUACUCCUACCUUGUGAGAGUAGAGAGGCUCUAAGCAGCAGAUCUCAGAUAAAAUUUCAGGGGCCUAUAAUUGCUGAUCAGUACUAUGCACUAAACAACUAGUCCAAAUAUCAUAGAGUUUUUGGCCAAAUAUAGUCCCUUAUCUUUGAGGAUAGGUCUAUUUUUGUCCCUCAAAUAUGACCUUGAGCAUCUUUAAUCCCUUAAAUAUGCCAAAGUAGAGCAUCUUUAGUCUCAGUGACACAAUCUGUCCAAAAACUAAUGUGACAUGUGACACUGUAAGAACUAAGAAGAAGACCAACAGUAAAAGAAAAAGCCAUUCCCAUUUCCCCCAACUCAUUCACGAAAAAGAGCUUGAAUAUCCCUACUUCCUUGAAGAAAACCAUUCCUUCCACUGUUCUCCAAAAUGAAAAAAAAGGAUUGUGUCAAACUCUCAUAGCAAUAAUUUAAAGCUCAACAGGACAAGAAAAUGUUCCCAUUUUUCCUUUAUUUGGAAAAUAAUCUUCCCCGAUUUCUGAAAAAAGAAACUGUGUUUAGUUCAGCCUUUUGUAUAUCUCCAAAACUCCUUAAAAAUGUCUCAACGCAAAAGAGUAAAACUACAAAAUCGUAGUUUCGAACUGCAAUCACAAUGGUGAGCAAAAACAAAUUCGGUUUGGAAAUAUGGAGAUCAAAAUCAAUUUUCAAAAUGUAGAAACCAAAACUAAUUCCAAGAUCAAUUAUGGGGUUGGUUUCGACACUCACCGUCUUUUUAAUUUACUUAUCGAAAAUGUUUUAUAAACCAACACCCACUAAUAGUACAGUGCUGAUAAAUUUGAAAUUUUAUAAGUUUCUAGUACAGAGCUUAUAAAUUUGAGAUUUUAAAGUUGAAACUUCUACUAUUAAAAUUUUCGGUUAAUUUUUCCAAAAAGAAAAGUUGAAAUUUGAAAAAAUAGAGCAGCCAGGAUCACUUCUAGCAUAUUAUUGAAGCAAAUGAAUAAGCAGAUUGGAAACUGGAGCAGAAGGGGGUAUUUUCAAGCUUUAAAUUUUAGAAAACAUUACCUAAAAAUGAGGAAUUAAAGUGAUAAUUUACGUUACCUAAUAAAAGGAGAUGAAACGUUUUGCUUCAGAUCGGAAGAUUUGCUUCAUGAAUCAGAGUUGGGUAACACCAUUAGUUUUUGAACACAUUCUGUCACUAAGACUAAAGGUACUCUACUUUAGCAUACUUAAGGGAUUAAAUAUGGUCGGGGUUAUA